AUGGCAACAUCGAGUCCCACACGGUUCGUAAUAUUUCCAGCUAUUCUCUUCCUCAUUGUUCUCAUCCCUUUGUACCUGUCACCCAUAAAUCGAAACCAAAGCAUCCUCCUCCAUUUGCUCCCUACGCAUUCAAACCAUUCAGAGACCACUCACCAAACCUUUCAAACCUCAUCAUCCCCAUCUUUGUUGCCGAAAAAUGAUUCUGCAGAUGGGGUUCCCUCAACUUCCACUGAUGGAGCCAGAGCAACUAACGACAUAAGGAAGCGUUUCAGAGAGAAAAUGAGUCAUGUGGAGAGGAUUGAAGAAGGUCUGGCGAGAGCCCGAGCUGCCAUACGCAGGGCGAUUCGGACGAGGAAUUAUACUUCAGAAAAGGACGAAGCCUUCAUCCCAAGAGGAGACGUCUACAGAAAUCCAUACGCAUUUCAUCAGUUAAGUUCAAAGCUAAUUCAUUCUAUUGAGGAAGAAUAAUUUAAUUUCUAAACUAGA